AUGAUAAGAAAAGGAAACGUGCCAAAACAAAUAUCAUCGUCGUCAUCGUUAUCAUCAUCAACAAUAACAACAACAAUAACAACAACAAUAACAACAACAAUAACAACAACAAUAACAACAACAACAACAACAGAAGUAGAUGUUAAUGGUGAUAAUAAGUUAGAUAUAAUAGUUGGAAACAUCGAUCAGAAUAUAAUCACAAUUUUUUUCAACUCUGGUAAUGGUAUAUUUAAUAAUCAUACAAAUUAUCCAAGUGCUGAUAUUGGCUUUAAGAUAAAAACAGCCGAUAUGAAUAAUGAUAAUAAAUCCGAUAUUAUUAUUACAGGUGGUUCCAAUAAAUUUGGUCUGUAUUAUAAUAUAGGAAAUGGUACAUUUACUUCUGAAAAGAUAAUUUUGACAAAGCUAAGAAUAAGUGAUUUAGCAAUAGCUGAUGUCAAUGGAGAUAAUAAAUUGGAUUUUAUCAUUAUAAGCAUAGAUGAAAGUAUUGUUAUCAUUUGCUUUCAAACUACUGACGGUUUAUUUGAUAAGGAAGCAACGUUUGAAACUUUUCCUUAUCCAAGAAAUAUACUGGUUGUUGAUGUGACAAAUGAUAAUAUGCCUGAUAUUAUUGUAACUCAUCAUCACCAAAAUACCUGCUUAUAUGUUAAUAUUGAUAACGGCGAUGUUAAUCAUGAUAAUAAACCAGAUAUAGUUCACGGAGACAUUAGAGUCAAUACAAUCACUGUUUAUUUCAACACAGACAAUGGAACACUUACUAAAAGAACGAUUUAUUCAGCUUGGCCAAGAGAAACUACGGCAAUAGCAGUAGCUGAUAUUAAUGGUGAUGAUAAGAUGGAAAUUAUUGUCCUAGACGAGUAUUCUAUCAGUGCCUUAUCAAUAUAUUGUUAA